CUAUACACAAACUACUCUUUUUUUUAAGUAGUUUAUUAGGUUACAAUUGUUUUAUUCCUCUCUAAUAAAACAACAUUUGCAUGAACAAAUCGCCGUGGAAUUCUAAAUUACAUUGGUACAAAAAAUGUAUAUGUGUAUAUAACUAGGGUUAUUUACUGUUGCCUUUUGUUGUUUAAUUGCCUGCAAACGUACCUCUAGAAGCGCAAGCUUAUUCCGGGCCAUGCGCACCUUUGCGCUCAGUCUCUUUAGUACACUACAGAGCUCUGUGGUGAGGCUGUCCAUGCUAGCUGUCCCCUAUCGGAGCUCUGCGCUGAGUCUUUCCAAGUCUGUUUCCCGGCUGCAGUAGCUCUACGCUGAGGCCUUGUUUCCUGUUAUUAUCCCCAACGGAUGUUUGCAGCAGGGGCCUCACUAAGAUUUGCGAGAGAGGAGUUACAAUGCAAUUUAAAUUAAAACACCUGCCCUCCAAACUCUGAUCCCCUGUAUCACUGCUCGGUCCUUCUCAUACUAUAGGAACAGUCCUCCUUCCUUUGAAUUCUCUACGGUUGUUCUGGGUUAACCCCUCCAGGCCCGACACUCCGGGUCAAGCCACGAAGUUUCCUGACACAAGUCUGCUGGUAGAGAAACAUUAAAUGUCGUCUCUAUCUGACCGGUCAACACACUGGGAAAGGCCUAUAAAAAGCAUGCCCCAACAUGUUGAGCUGCUACAGCAAGAGAGUGCAGGAGUGCAGCCUGAGGAAAUCUAUAAGACAGAGAAGAACAGAGGGCAGAAGGAUCUCCCAAGAGAGAAGCAGAAGGACGUAAACUACCCCCUGGGAUUGGAGUAGUUCAGAGAGAGAAAAAUAUUUGAAAAAGCGUCUCUCAGAGAUACUGCAACAGAGGAAGACAUCCACACAGGAAGAGAGAGUGAAUUCCUACUGUGGGAGUGUUAAGUUAAUGAUGAGAGGGCUCUCCGUUUGUUGCAGCCUGCCUGUGGGGAUUCAGAAGCAUUCGCAAACAGAAUAAUGUUGUUGGAGGAUUGUCAAUGAGGUAAUUUUCCAGUGAAUAUGUCAGUGAAGUAGUCCUUUGUUUUUGGAUUACUUUUCUAGCAUUUACCCCAGAACCAGUUGGGCGGGGACACUGAAAUUCCUACUUGGGUAUAUUAGCCAGAGAACUCAAAGUGCCAGUUGGGGGCGGCUCAUCACAACCUGAAAAAUAACCAAGCGCUGGACUUGCCAGUAAAAACAAUUCUGUUUGGGGAGAAAAAAAAAGCUGUGCCAAAAUUGCUUUUGUGGGAUGCCUGGCACAUAAUCUUCUUCUUGCUAGUGAAGUGAAAAUCAGCUGGGAGAAGCAGGGUGGCUCCAGAUAGAAUCAGACUGAAGGUUACAGCCAGGUAGCCAAGACCUAUCACCCUCCUCUUUGGGUCACCCUUUUGUUUCUGUAUUUCUUGCUCCUUCCCCCAACUCAGAUACUGCAAUGAGUUUGCAUGUGGUGACCGGCUGUACCAUUUGGAGAUGAGUGUAAGUCGACUGCAGGGCAGGCGGUUCUACUGCCGAGACUGGGCCCUGUACAAGCUCCAGCACUGGCUAGAGACCCGAGCCUCUGGCAGGAUUUUUGGGGUUCUGGUGACAGGGGGUCCUGGCAGUGGGAAAACCGCCUUCUGCACUGAAGUGCUUUGGCCAACAUCGGAGGCCGGGACCCGUGUUAACCUGGCCCCCCGCUGCCUGGCCCACCACUUCUGCCAGCGAGAAGAUGAGAGAACAGUGUCUGUGACUGAGUUCAUCCUGGGUUUAGUGGAGCAGCUCCGGUGCAGUCCCUUACUCCCCGGGUAUUUUGAGAAACUGGAGGAGCCCUCAGUGAAGGCCGCCUUGGAGCCGAACCAAUGUGAAAGGGACCCUGAUGAAGCAUUCAAGAGGGCGGUUCUGUUGCCCCUGCUGGACCUGCCUCAUCCAUCUCAGAACUUGCUGCUGAUUGUGGAGUCGCUGGACUCGGGACCUGUAACAGGAGCAGGCCAGGAGGGGCAUGCAGCAGGGAAGAGCAGAACCAUCGCUGAGCUUCUCUCCAGUCACCAGCAGCUUCUCCCGUCAUGGCUACUGCUUGUUUGCUCUGUCCGCCGACAGAACAAAGCACUCAUUAAGAUGUUCUUAGGUUUCCGAAAGCUUUGCCUGGAUGAUUUACGCAAGGCUCACACGGUGCGUGAUGUACAGCAGUACAUUCUGUGGAGGUUGGACCAGGAGAGGGCGCUGCGGAGGCACCUAACGCGUGAGACAGCUGACAUGCUGAACCAGCUACAUAUCAAGAGCAAUGGCUGCUUCCUCUUUUUGGAGCGUGUGCUGGACGGAGUAGCUGAGAACUUUGUAGCAAUCCGUGAGAUCCGUGAUAUCCCAGGCACCCUUAAUGGGCUCUAUCUCUGGCUGUGCCAGCGGCUUUUUCCCAGGAAGCUUUUUUCCAGGGUGCAGCCCUUACUGAAUGCCCUGCUGGCCUCUCCACGGCCACUCAACCUGGAGGAACUUUAUACUGCAGUGUGGACAAGAGACACCACCCUUACUCCAAUCGACUUCCAUCGCAAUCUAGAUGCCUUGUCUAAGCUACUGGUAGAUGGGCCCAGCAGCACCAAGCUUCUAUUCCAUGCAAGCUUUGCAGAAUGGCUGAUUGAUGUUAAAUACUGCACACAGAAAUACUUGUGCAGUCUGGCUGAGGGUCAUGCCAUGCUGGCCAUGUCACUAACCCUCCGUGGGCCACAGCUGUCCCCGAAUGAGAUAUACUGGCUUGCUUUUCACCUCGUGAGCUCUAACCUCCAGCCUGAAAACCCCACCCUGCUGGCACUGUGGAUGGUGUGGGGUGGCAUCCCUUCUUUAGCAGACAAUUCCCUUACUCCCGAACCCUUCCCUCCGACCUCUCCCCAACAGGUGCUGCAACUGCUGGUUAAGGCUGGAGCUUACCCUGCUUCUUCCUAUGGUCGUGUCCACAACUGGAGCUCUAGUGUUGGCUGUGCAGUCAGUGUCGGGAUGAUCCGGAAGGCUCUAGAGCGGGAGGAUUCAGUCCGAGUUCUACUGGAAAAUGGGAUGAGUGUCAAUCAGAUGGAUCCAGGGGAUGGGCGCACCUUGCUGGCCAGUGCUGCACAUGCAGGCUCUACAGAUGUGGUUGCUCUCCUCCUAUCCAAAGGAGCUGAUCCACAGAUCCAGGACCACCAGGGGCAAGCCCCUGUGAUGCUGGCAGCGCGUCAGGGUCAUGCCAGAGUGCUUCAGUGUUUGCUGGCGUGGGCCCAGUGGGAGGAAAGGGCCCCGCAUCUUGUUAACCAUGCAGACCGAGAGGGGUGGACUGCACUGCGUUCUGCAGCAUGGGGAGGACAUGCUGAGGCUGUCAGGAUCCUACUGGAGGCUGGUGCAGAGGUGGAUGGCAGUGACUCUGAAGGCCGGACUGCCUUGAGGGCUGCAGCUUGGGGAGGACACGAGGAAAUCCUUUGCACUCUUUUGGACUAUGGGGCCCAAGUGGACCAACCAGACCGGGAGGGCAGAACGCCGCUAAUUGCUGCAGCCUAUAUGGGCCAUAAGGAGGCAGUAGAAUUGCUGCUUGACCAUGGCGCCCAGGUAGAUGUGCAAGACUCAGAUGGGCGAACAGCCCUAUCAGUGGCAGCUCUAUGUGUACCUUCAGCAGCUGGGCUUGGCUGUUGCGAGGUGGUGAGUCUCUUGUUAGAGCGAGGGGCUGAUCCAGGACAUAAGGACCGUGAUGGGAUGACACCACUGCUUCUGGCAGCAUAUGAGGGCCAUGCAGAAGUGGUAGAACUCCUUCUAGAGGCUGGGGCAGAUGUGGACGAAGCUGCUGGGCCCCAGGGAGGUAGCCGCAUCUCUACUGCUGUUACACCACUGCUGGCUGCUGCCUCAAUGGGCCACGUGUUUGUAGUGAACACACUACUGUUUUGGGGAGCUGCUGUGGAUGCCAUUGAUGGUGAGGGACGCACAGCACUUAGCCUGGCUGCUACCCGAGGAAAUGUGGAUGUGGUACGGACACUGCUGGACCGCGGACUGGAUGAAAAUCACAGAGACGAUUUGGGAUGGACCCCAUUACAUUCAGCAGCCUGCGAAGGUCACCUUGCGGUAUGUGCAGCUCUGACAAAGCAAGGUAGUGCAGCUAGAGUGACUGAAAUGGAUAAUGAUGGGAGGACCCCACUGAUCCUGGCUGCACAAGAGGGACACUGCGAUUGUGUGAGGCUCCUUCUGGAAAGACAUUCACCCCUGGACCACCGGGGGUAUGAUGGACGUUCUGCUUUGAGUGCAUCUGCACUAGAGGGACAUGUCGAUGUUGUGGAGCUACUGCUAAGGCGUGGCUCAGAGCUGAAUGUGAGGGAUGCAGAAGGAAGGCCCCUGUUAUACCUCUUGGUGCUUGAGGGGCUUCACAACAUGGUUGGGCUCCUACUGGAGAAAGGGGGUGUUCCUUUAGAGUCCUCAGACACAGAGGGCAGGACUGCCCUACAUGUGGCCUCCUGGCAAGGACAUCUUGAGAGUGUGAGCUUAUUGCUCUGUCACAGCGCAGAUGCCAACGCGCUAGAUGGGAAGGGACGCUCUCCCUUGCACUCUGCUGCCUGGCAGGGCCAUGCAGCGAUAGCUCGGCUCUUGAUUGAAUCUGGGGGUGCAAAUGUGGACCAGGCUUGUUGCCAGCAGGGAGCCACAGCUCUCUGUAUUGCUGCCCAAGAAGGUCACACAGCGGUGGUGAGUGUCCUACUUGAGAAAGGGGCCAAUCCGAACCAUGUAGAUCUGUACAGACGCACUCCUGUCAAAGUGGCUGGCAAAAGGGGCCACGGCAAGAUUGUUCGAUUGCUGGAGAGCUACGGGGCACCCCCCUACUGUGGCUUCCUGCCCCCUUCCCCUCUUCCUCAGCAGCAAAAAACAUCCACCAUGAAGACCCAUUCCUCAGGCAUCACGUCUGCCAGUUCAGGAAGUCCAAGAGAGGCAUCUAUGGAACGCAGACUUCCUCCUUGCCAUCAACACCCCCAUCAUAUGUCCAGCUCUCCCUCAGGCUCCCCAGAAUCUACGACUGAGAGGUGCAAUUCCCUGGUGGCGUCAGAAAAAUCACUCCAGAGUUCCAAAACAUCCUCCUCUACCUACCACUCCCUGGCCACGGCCCAAACAGUCCCAGUUGACAGUCUGAGUUUCACACAUCAGAUCCAACAACAUUCUUUGCCACGCAGCAGAAGCCGCCACUCAAACGUGGUGUCUCCUACUUCCUCGCUGUACAUCAAUGACAGCAAACCCAAAACCAUCCCAAUACAGCCAGAGCCCUACAAUGCCCUCACAACUCCCUGUAGGCAUCGGACUCCUCUCUCCAGCCCUACCCUGGGAAAAGGCAUCAUGGACAGCCCAAAGGCCAAGACCCCUACCCCGACCAACAUGACCGUGGGGUUUCUCAGCAGUGUCCCAGAGAAGACGGACAGCCCCCAACAUACUGGAGGGGGGAAGUGGAACUCCUUCAUGGCUUCUCUGGGGGUGACCCCAGGACACGACAGCCCCAUAAGGCCUUUGAGAAGCUGGGACAGCCCUCCUCUGGGUUACCCUGGUGUAGUGGGCCCCACCGUGGAGUCCCAGCAGAGGAAUGGAGAUGCACCUCGCAAGCCGUUUAUUUCCACUCCUAGCAAAACCACAACAGAAUUCCCCCCCAGUGCCUUGCUGCCUGAGCCGCUGAUCGCCAUAACAACGCUGGACCCCCAGCUGAAUCUCAAGCAGGCUAUUAAGCUGCAGUUUGAGGGGCCAACCAGUGCACUGAGCUAUGAGAGAGAGACCCCCAUGUGAGGGUGAGAAGCCAGGGUUAAGCAGGAGCUGGAGUAUUGGAAAGAAUCUUAUACUGUAGAAAUAGCUUUAUUGGGAAUCUGUGAAGAUGAAAGAAGGGAAGGGCAAAAAGACACUUUGGGCUAGGGCUCCAAAGUGUCUUUUUGCCCUUCCCUUUUGGUCGCCAAAUCCAAUUGCUGGUGCCACAUCAGGAGCAAGUUGGUUGCUAUCAUAUUCAACUGCUUAAAAUACAACAACUUGCUAAGACACUAAAGUGAUGCUAAAACAGUAACUUAAUGUCUGUACUCACUUAUUUGUUGCCUUAUUCUACUGAAAUGGUUAAUCUAGGCAGCUGAUGACUGCAAUGAACUCAGCAUGUUUAUAUUUUAAAUAUUUUGUUGUGUAUGGAAUUGGUAACUGUCCCUUUAGUUGUGUAGAACCAUGGCCAAAAGUUUUGGAUCACCCUACAGAAUUAACUAAUUUGGCAUCAUAAAGUCAAAUGAAACCUGCUGAAUAUUUUGUUAACCUUGAAUUACAUACCACUUUGUAGUUUUCCAUAUACUUAAUGAAAAACUAACAAAUCUAACAUGAAAUACUGUACUACUUAUGGCUUCUGGUAGACUUCUACGAUAUAAUUUUUUACUUUCUUUCUUUGAUUACGUAAUGUUAAAUAAAACCUCGAAAUUAUGUUCAUAUAGUUUUUUUUAUUUUAAAUAGUCUCAAUACUAAGGUUCCAGGUGAUGCAAAACCUCUGGCCAUAGCUGUACAGUUGUAAUAUGGGAAAUAGUAUGCUGAAGCUCCCAUGCUCAAUGUUAGUGAAGUCCUGGUCUGACAGCAUGUAACACAGAUAGCUCUUAUGAUUCCAAGUUGAUGUUUAUUUUUCAGUAAAAACAAGUUUACAUUGCAGUGAGUUCGUUCUGCUAUUCAUGAUAUUAAAUACACCACAGCAAGCACAGUGUCAUAUUUUUUCAGUAGCACAAUCAGAGAGCUAAAUUGUGAAUUAUUAUUAUUUUUAUUUUUUUUACUGCAAUAAGUAAAUUGCAGUACAUUUAAUUUCCCUAAAUGUUUUUUUUUUCUCAGCAAUACACUGUCCCAAGUAUUUAUAUGCUUCUGCUGUCACCUUUCUUAAAAUGGUCAGUUUGAGAAGUAAACUUUGUUUUCCCUGCAACAGCUGACCCUGCUUUAGUACAAAUCUCACACUACAUUAGUGUUUUUCAUUAUGGUAACGUCUUAAAUUCCCAUGCCUGCUUCUUUGGCUGAAGAGAUAUUAUCAGCUCAUCAUCUAAUUAGCGAAUGCAAUUAAAUCAUCCUUAAAAUCCUGACAGGAAACAGUAUAACCAAAUACAUCAUAUCUCGGAUAGCUGGGCUGUUAAACAAGAACAAAACAAUCUGUUUGUGUUGACUCAAAAAUGUAUUUAGUGACCUUAAGAUUUGACUGGCGAAAGAUAACGUUGGUUUAUUGGAGUUCACAAAUAACUUUUUUCAGCUUGAUACGGUAAGCUUUCCUCUGCUUUUAGUUUAAUUAUUGUGCUUUUUGCUGCAUUAAAGCCCUCCCAUUUCCAAUUAUUUUAUUUUAAGUUUUCAGGGCAUUUUAUGAAUGGCACGUGUGCAACACACAUCUCAAGUGUAUUUUUGUUUUGUUUUUCAUUGUUCUUGUUCUAAAUGUCUUGAAUGCAACUGUUAAUUUUAAGCUACAUUUUUACACAAUGUGUAAAAGCACUCGCACACGUUUGGUCACCAUCACAACUGUUCCAUGAAACUGGGGUUACUGUAUUCUGCUGGUUUUAAUACAGCACCUCUCUGUACUUAAGCAUUUGUAUUCGAUCAAAUUGUAAUUCAGUUUAUUAAACCAUUUUUUUAAUAUA